AUGACUGUUCCAACACGUCAAGUGACAGUUAUUGAUGAAUUGUGGGGAAACGAAGUUAAUCGUCGUUUAUAUGAUGAACAAGAUCGUACAUUACAUCGACAUAAUAUUGAACUUAAUGAUAAAGUGAAAAAGUUAGAACGACAAGUGGAAACAUUGAAAAAAUUAGAUCAUACGCAACAUGAUCAUGGUAAAGAACUUUUGAAACGGGCAUUAGCCAAACAAUCGUCAAAAGAAUUAACGGAAAGGAGUCGUUUAAUUUCAAAAAAGGAUGAAGAAAUUCAAAAUUUAAAAAAAAUAAUUGAUGAAUUAUCAUCAAAAAAUCAAACUACUCAUACGGAACUACUCGAAUCUGCUCUACGUCAAGCGAAUAUAGAAAAGAUGUAUUUAGAAAGACGAUUUCUUCAGCAAACAGUCGAGCCUAGUUCACCACGAUAUGCCGUACAAAAUUAUCACAAUACAACACCAACCACAGUACAAACAGCACCAGUAAUCGAUCAAAUAAGUAAUGAUCCAUUAUCAAGAACACAUUCACCAAGUAUAGAUCCUUAUCAUUAUUCGGCAUUACAAGAUACCAAUCAAGCAUUAAAAGCUGAAAUUCAACGAUUAGCAAAAAUUGAAGAAGAAAAUCGAGCAUUAUCUAUACGGCUUGAACAGUAUAAUGAUGUUCAUGAAUCUUAUAAAAGUGUUCAAAAUGAACUUGAACAAAUACGUGAUAUUGAAAUACAAAAUAAUAGAUUACAAGCUGAAUUAGCACAAAUUCGUUUAAAUGAAAAUACGACAAUAACUUAUUUACAACAUGAAAAUGAUCAAUUACGAUCUCAAAAUGAAAAUUUACUUACAGAAUUAACUCGUUUAACACAGUUAGAUGUACGUGAACGAUCAUCAAAACAAAAAUAUGAACAAGAAAAUAUUGAAUAUAAAAAACAAUUAGAUGAAUUAAAACUUCGAAAUGAUGAUCUAAAAUUAACCAUUGAACAAUUGAAAGAAAAUGAUAAACAAUUAAAAUUACAAUAUACAACGGAUAUUAAACAAAUCAAUGAUGAAAAUUUAAAACAUCGUACAAUAAAUGAACAAUUAAAAUUUAACUAUGAUUUAUUAAAAGAAGAAUGUGAACAAAUGAAAGAACAAUAUGAAGCAAUGAUUGAACGAAAAACGGUUGAAAAUGAAAAUGAAAUAAAAUUAUUACAAAAUAAAAAUAAAGAAUUAAAAUUAAUUGAAAAAUUAUACGAUGAACAAAAGAAGACAAAUGAACAGACAGAUGUUGAAAAGAAGAAAUUAGAAACUGAUCUACUAACAAUGAAUAACGUAAAUGAACAAUGUAGCGAUUUACAAGCACUAGUGAAUAAAUUACAAAAUGAAAUUAAAAUUAUGCAAACAAAACUGGAUGAAAAAGUCAUUGAAUACGAUACAUUGCAACAAAAUUUUGACAAAGAUAAUACACAUUUGAAAAAUGAACUUGAAAAUGUGACAACAAUGAAUGCUCAAUUAACAUAUGAAAUCAAUGAUCUUAAACUGCAAAAAAAUGGAAAUGAUAAACUUCAACAAGACUUUGACCAUUUACAAGGUAUAUUAAAAUUGAAAACCAAUGAAUAUGAUUUAAAACGUCUCGAAGUCGAUACACUUACAACGAAAAUAGCUGAUUUAGACUCAACAAUAAAAUCAUUAUGUGAUGCACAUGAAGUUCAACGAAAUUUAAAAACUGAAAAUGAAUCAAAUAAACAAGAAUUGAGAAAAAAACAAGAUGAUUUAGAACAAUUUCAACGAAUGCAUGAUAUAUCAAAACAAGAACAUCAAGAAACAAUACAAUUAUUGGAAGAAAAAUUACGUGAUUUGGAAAAGAAAACAGAAUUACAAUCAUUAAAACAUGAAGAAAUUUUACUUGAAUUUGAAUCGUUAAAGGCGAAACGAGAUCGUAUUUUACCACACAUGUACAAUAAUA